GGCCCGGACCCGCGAGCGCAGAGCGCAUCCCGGCGGCACCUCCCCGCGGCACAUCCGUCCAUCCAUCCCCGCAGUACAUCCAUCCCCGGGGCGGUCCCGGCCCUGCGGCCCUCCCCGCCCCCACCGCCGCUCUCCGCUCUCCUCUGGCGCUGCGGGGCCCCGGGAGGCGGCGAACCCCCCCGUUCUCCCCCUGGCCAUGCCCAAGCUGCUGCCGGCUCAGGAGGCGGCGCGAAUCUACCACACCAACUACGUGCGAAAUGCACGGGCCAUGGGUGUGCUGUGGGCCCUGUUCACGCUCUGCUUCUCCAUCCUGAUGGUGGUGACCUUCAUCCAGCCCUACUGGAUCGGCGACAGCAUCGACACGCCGCAGGCUGGCUACUUCGGCCUCUUCUCCUAUUGCAUCGGCAAUGCGCUCACCGGAGAGCUCAUCUGCAAGGGAAGCCCCCUGGAUUUCGGUACCAUCCCCUCCAGUGCCUUCAAAACGGCAAUGUUCUUUGUGGGCAUCUCCACCUUCCUCAUCAUCGGCUCUAUCCUCUGCUUCAGCCUCUUCUUCUUCUGCAAUGCCGCCACCGUCUACAAAGUGUGUGCCUGGAUGCAGCUGGCGGCGGCCACUGGGCUGAUGAUCGGGUGCCUCAUCUACCCUGAUGGCUGGGACUCGAGUGAGGUGAAGCGCUUGUGUGGGGACAAGACAGACAAAUACACGUUGGGCGCCUGCACAGUGCGCUGGGCCUACAUCCUCUGCAUCAUUGGCAUCCUCGAUGCCCUCAUCCUCUCAUUUCUGGCCUUCGUGCUGGGGAAUCGCCAGGACAACCUCCUGCCAUCGGAUUUUAAAGUGGAAGGCAAAGAGGAGGGCAGUGAAUGACAGCACUGAUCAUUGUGUGAGUGCUACAGCGAUUCUGACGUUUCUUGCACAUGCAACGCCACCAGCAUAACUGCAGGAUUACUGGUGCUGUAUUCAGAUGGGGUUUGUUUGGGGCCGAAUGGGAAACAGGCUUUGGUGUGCCUCCAUCAGGGAGAAUGUAAAUCCUUGCCAGGCGACAGCAUAAAAUGCGAUGCUGUGCUCUACUCGGCAACAGCAACCGCUCUCCUUCUCUCCCAGGGCUGCCUGGAGUUCUUAGCUCACUUCAGGAGAUGCGGUCCUUUCCUUUUGAGUGGCUUUUCCUACAUGUACCAUCACCUCUGGACUUUCUACAGCUUUCAGCUCUCAUGGAAUUUGUGUGAUGGGAAGAGACUCACAGGACAUCAGCUUUUGUUGGUUUGCUUUUUGUUUGUUUUGAGUCCAUAGGGGGAGGUCUGGGGCCACGAUUUGCUGUCUCUUGGGGUUUGUACAUCUUUUGAGGAAAUGACUUCUGAAUUAAAAUAUGGCCUUUUAGAUUGUGUGCCGUCUCCUUGAGGUCAGGGGAAACCCUGCACCACGGCCAAGGCUGUCCGAGUCACCUCCCGCGCCUCUCGCAAAAACGCGAGAACAAAGCGGCCCUCGUAGGGCACUUAACGCAGCCCUUGUGAGGGCAUCGCGCACCGCUGCAGCACCGCCGUUGUGAGGCAGGUGGCGCCACGCACCGCUGCUCAGCAGUUCCGAGCUGCCUCUGUUGACUCCGCGCUGUGGAAGGCAGUAGAGGUGGCAGAAAGACACGUCAGAAUAGCAGCCUCUCCCACUAUCCAACAAUUCUUCCCCCCUUAAAAAAAAUGGAUCAUAGUAUGGACAAAAUGUUUUAGCAACGCCCAACCCAGUGAGUCUCAGUCGAGAGAACUGGAACUAUGCACCUGCGUGCACCUAAAGAGCCUGGAGCUGAGAAAACAGACCUGCAGACGGAAUACAGGGAGACUACGGCUGAGUAAUUAAAUAGUCUGUUUAUUGUAGAGCUUUCACAAAGAAAGACAACGAAGCACCCAAGUAGAAAGAAUAAAAAUGUAUUUUCCUUCAGGUUUUAGACUGACACAGCAAGUACAAAUCCUUUGUGAGCACUUUAUGGCAAUUUGGGGACUUCACAAACCCAAGUGAAUGAGCACAUGGAACAAGGCUGAACCCCGACAGCUGCUGCUGCAGUCUCCAACUCACACUUUGGCUCCAUCCUCAGCAACCAAGGUAAAAAAGUGUCCUCCUGCAGGUGUGGGAGGGGGAACUGCGGCAGGAAGGAAAGGAGCUCUUGAUGUGCAAAGCUUUUCCAGGAAAAGUUCCUGCACCAGCCGGGCUGAAGCACAACAGGGUGGGAUGAGCUGUCAAGACAAGAGAAAUCAUUCGCCCUGCCAAUAUAUCUUCACAGUCUGUAGGUGGUGGGUGUUUUGGAAUCCAAUCUUGACUGCGGUCCUUCUGUAACAGACAUGGAAGUGAUACGCAGCUGGAAAAGCUCCGAAUAGAAGGGAAAGAGAGGUCAAAUCAGCAGUUUAAACCCAUUUGGUGCGUUACCUUCAUUAAUUUUAGAUUAUAUGCAUAGACAAUCCGACCUACCCCUAAAAGAACAUGCAGCAUGAUCUGUGUUAAUUAACCCAGUCAGGCACUAGACUGGAGCAACUCUUUAAGUGGAUUAAAUGACAGAGGUUUAUGAAUGAACAACUAUAAUGAACCAGGAUUUUCAACACACAAAGUGACAGAAACAGCCUUCUUGACAGCUUCGGCAACGCAACAGUCUCAGAUCUGCGUGGCCUCCAGUGAGUUCCUAGAGGAACUUCAGCGCUCUGAGAGCAACCACGAAUCCAUAGCCCCAUUUGGUCCAGGGAGAAGACGUGUCUCUGAAGCCUCAACACUGCCAGCUCUUACUUCAGAGUUGGAUGCACUGACUCUGCAGCAGGAUGGGAAGCCUUAAAGAAGUCAUCAUAAAACUAUUAUACGCCACAGUGAUUUAGAUUUAAUUAAAAUUAAUUCAUUUACUUAUCACAUCCAACCCCCUCUGAGAAGUUAAUACAGAAAUCUCACAGAGCAUUAUGAUUUGGGGUAACUCUACAAGCAACUAAACCAGUAUCUACAGAGGAAAGUCCAUCAGCUCUCUUCCAGCCCUCCUUGUGCUAAUGUCCCAGAAAAGAAAAGGCAAUCCCAAUCUGGGAAGUUAUUCCUAAAGGCCAUCACCUGAAAGAAAUUUAAAAAAAUAAGAAUAUCAGGCUUUCAAGUGUUGAGUUUUGAAGUCGAGGGUGAUAGCACGGCUGUGACACAGAUGCUGCCCGCUCUUUCCGGGAAAAAAUGUGAAUGGUCAAAAGGGCCAGAGCAGACUGCAUUAGUGAGGGCCACUCUCACUGGUGCAACUACCUCAAGCAAGGCAUAGAAGCACCAGGAAGGGAUUAAAAAAAAAAAAAAAAAAAAAAAAAAA